AUGCAGGGUCAUUGCGAUGUUUGGCGUAGGGCGGUAUCAUCAGGAGGUGAUUUGGAGGGGACGGCACCAAUAUGGGCCUUCCGUUCCAUCCAACGAGGGGAUUUGGAGGUCUUCCCCUCCACAGCCCAGGUUGACGCCACGCCCAGCAAGUCUCAGGCUCCUCAGUGGACGCACCUGGAGAACUCCAAUAAUCUCCAAUUGCGACGCAGCAGUGGCGCUCAUGCAGUGACUAGUACCAACUCGUCCGAGGGCCCUAACAGUCCGCCACGGGAGUCCGUGGAGAGGCUAUACGAGGCUGGAUUCGGGUCGUGCGGCUUUCCAGACAUCGCCGACGACAGCGAGUGCGUGGCUGAUCUCGCGGCCUUCCCCGAGUUGCAAGUGCAUGGAAAUUCCCCCACCGUGCGCCGCUUGGCGUGCCUGGCGCACACGUAUCUGCGCCCGUGGAUGGGCAUCCCCGGGGUGCUCUCGUGCGCUGGCCACGUGCGCAUAGUCAACGGCGAGAUCUUCUUCCGUCUCGGCGGGUUCGACUUCUUCUGGUACCGCAUGCGCCGCUUCGUCUUCUCAAUCCUCAUGAUCAAGGAGGCAAUUGCAAAGUACAACCUGCACUCCCUCAACGCCGAGUUCUUCCUCAGCACCUGCGACAUGCACAUGAGCAAAUCCUCCUCCAUUGCCGAUCGUCGCGCCGGCCUCCCUAUUUUCAGCCCGCACGGCGCGCCCGGCAGCAUCGACAUACUCUACCCUGACCCGGUGGAUCUGAGCAAGAGUUAUUUCCAUACUGGGGAGGAUGCUGUGCCGUGGGAGCAGAAGCAGAGCCGGGCUGUCUUUCGCGGCGGGAUGACCAACUUCCACGUUAGCUACGACACGCAGUGGCGAGCCAGCCCUCGGUUCCGCGUGCAUCGUAUGUCUCAAUUGCGUCCCGAUAUCCUCGACGCGAAGGUUGUUGAGAACCGCCUGAAUGCAGCUGUGAAUGGGGAGCUUCUAGAGAGCUUGCGGCAGGAUGGGAUAGAGAUGGGCGAACGCCUCGAUCCGUCGCAGCAGCUGGGGUACAAGUACGAGCUCGAUGUGGAUGGCGGGACUGGCAGUGGCCGCGUGUGCAAGAUCCUGUCAAGCAAACAGAUGAUGGUCAAGCAGAUGAGCGAGUACUUUCAGUACUUUGACCCCCUACUGUGUCCCAAUCAGCACUUUGUCCCCACACACCGAUACUUCUCCAAUCUGUACCAGCAGAUCGAAUGGGCGCGGGACCACGACCAGGAAGCGCAGCGAAUCGUGAAGCAGGCCAAUCAGCUUGCCGGCGAGGUGUGCACGUGGGAAAGUCGUCGCCUCUACUGGGCGAUUCUGCUGGUCAAAUACUCAGCCAGCGCUAUGGAGCAUCCUAGCCAAGUCGUUCGCCCCAAUAUGUACCAGUGCGAUUCUCGUCUGAUUCAAGAUGACGUGGAGAACAACUCGGUUCGCUCGAAACAAAGGCCGGCUGUUUGGCCUCCGAGGUGCAAGACACCGGAUGAGGACACGAACCAGCCAGAGUGCACACAUUUCUGUGUGGGGAACAUGUUUGAAGCCAAGUGGAAGUGGCUCACAGCGGAUAUUCUGGAUGAUAUCCAGGUUUUUAAGCCCAAGAGUAUCUAG